AUGACCCCAGUUACUCAAUCUGUUCACACGGUGAGUGGGCAACAAAUGAACAUCCUUGGCAAAGUCGACCUUGUGGUUCAGCUUGGUAAGGAGUGCUACGAUGUUACUUUUGUGGUUGGUGACAUUGAUUCAGAUGGAAUCCUAGGUCAGGAUUUUCUUCGCGGAAAUGUGGACCACAUCAAUUACGGAAAGUCCUGUUUGGUGAUGGGGUCCGAUAUUGUACCACUUCAAACUGUGGGCGGCUCCAGUCAAAUAUGUCGUGUAGAGGUUCGUGACACGGUCAAGAUACCUGCACAUUCUAGAGUGUGGGUUCCAGUCAAUAUUCCCCUUGCUGAAUAUAUGGCACCACUUGGUUUUGUAGAACCAGAUCCUGAUGUUAUGGCUGAAAAGGAAGUUUUUCCCAUGAGCGGUAUUGUUGAAACACACUCAGAGAAUGUUCUAGUUAAUGUUGUUAACUAUGGUUCCGAACCUGUCACAAUCUUCAAACGAAUGCAUCUUGGCACCUGCAAACCUUUCUUUGAAAACACGCAACAACAUCGUGUUGCACGUGUGACACAACAAGUUGAAUGUAACACUUUGCCACAGCACCUUACUGAUCUGUAUGAUCGCAGUUCAGUCCAUCUAAAUGAUCAGGAAAAAUCUGAUCUUCAAAACUUGCUUUGCAAGUACAGUCCUGUCUUUUCCAAAUCUUCUGAGGACAUUGGGCGAACCUCACUAGUCAAACAUGUCAUCAACACUGGUAAAGCUGCACCAAUUCGGCAACCGCCAAGGCGUUUACCACUUGGUAAUUGA